AUGCAAGUCGCCGACACCCAAAGUGUUGCGGCUGGGAUUCAACGUCGAGAGCGAGAUACACACUUGACAGCGCAGCAACAAGGGGUCGCACACUCGCAAGGUCAACUGCACUUGGCAAGAAAACCCGUUGGUUUGGUUACGUGCGACCAACAGAGCCUUGCAGCUUACAGCUGCCUGCCCCCAUCCUAUACCAACGGUUCACAGAUGUCUUGCAUCCACAACAUCCUCGCGUUUUCGGGAAGCCGCCAGCAAACCGGGUCGUCGACACGCUCACGGGCCACCGUCCGGCCUGAAACUGGCGACAACAAAACCAAGGCGCCCCACCGUUGUUAUCCACCAGGCACGCUCAAGCCGCGUGAGCCGCCGCCCAUUGCGGCAAUGUUGAUCCUCGUCGCUCGGUACAGGCAUCAUCACAACCUCGGCCAGAUUGUUCCUGGCUGA